CUACAACAAGUUUACAUCCUUAAUUAGCUUCAGAGCCGAGUUCACCGUGCCACGAGGCCGGGUUACAUAAUUGGCACAAUUGUGUGCAUUAACAUAUUAUAAUAUAUACUAGUUUUAUUUAUCGAACAUAUAAGUGAUAGUAUGAUACUAUGUCGAAGCAAGGUAAAGAAUAUGUAUAUAACAUUAUUGUAUAUAUGUACACAAAUAUGUGUAUAAAAGCUUGAACCCAUCAGCAAGCUUCUUCACAAAAACCCAAAACAUAAGAUUUUUGUUUAAUAAAAAAAGAUGGGUUUCAACUUCAUCUCUCUCCUUUUUCUUCCACUUCUAUCAGUCACAAUCUUGUUGGGACUCGAGCAGGCUUUGGCUUCCGACAACACACUUCUCGAGAACACCAACCACCGCAACAGCACGGCGGACGGUGGGAUGUCGUCGCUGAGAGGGAAGAAGCAGAGGAGUGGAUGUAACUUGUUCCAAGGCCGAUGGGUCUUCGAUGCUUCUUAUCCUUUCUAUGAUUCGUUAUCGUGUCCAUUCAUCGACGGCGAGUUUGACUGUCUCAAGUUCGGUCGACCAGACAAACAGUUCCUCAAGUACUCAUGGCAACCUGAAUCUUGCACCAUCCCAAGAUUCGACGGUGCGGCGUUUCUGAGGAGAUUGAGAGGGAAGCGAGUCAUGUUCGUGGGAGACUCACUGAGUUUGAACAUGUGGGAAUCGUUGGGUUGUAUGAUACAUGCGUCAGUACCAAAAACCAAGACAACUUUUGUUAAGGGAACCCCACUCUCUACUAUCACUUUCCAGGAAUAUGGAGUGACGUUACACCUAUAUAGAACAACAUACAUAGUGGAUAUAUCCAAAGAGAAAAUAGGGCGUGUGCUUAACCUUGGAGCCAUUGAAGGAGGUGCUGAUGCUUGGAAAAACAUGGACGUCCUUGUCUUUAACUCUUGGCAUUGGUGGACUCACAAAGGCCAAUCUCAAGGGUGGGAUUAUAUUAGAGUUGGGUCUUCUUUGGUAAGAGACAUGAACCGUCUUGACGCUUUCUACAAAGGACUUACCACUUGGGGUCGAUGGGUUGAUCAAAACGUCGAUACCACCAAGACCAAAGUUUUCUUCCAAGGCAUUUCUCCCACUCACUACGAGGGAAGAGAAUGGAACGAGCCGAGGAAGAGUUGUAAUGGGCAAAUGCAGCCGUUGGAUGGAUCAAAUUACCCAAGUGGCCAGCCUCCAUCUGCAGGAGUUGUGUCCAAAGUGUUGAGUUCGAUGAAAAAACGUGUGUUCUUGCUAGAUAUCACCACUUUGUCUCAGCUGAGAAAAGAUGCUCAUCCUUCUACUUACGGUGGCGAUGGAGGAAAUGAUUGCAGCCAUUGGUGCCUCCCCGGGUUGCCUGAUACUUGGAACCAACUUCUCUACGCAGCACUUUCCAUGUGAACUGAGUAAAGUGCAAACACACACCUUCAUUCUGUAAAUUACAUUCUUGGAGGUGCAAAGAAUCUGACAGUUUGCGUUGGGUGGAGAGUUAAGUGAAGACUAGAGACAUAAAGAAGAUUGGAUUGUAAAGCGCCUUUAUAUUAUUUGGUACGGGAGAAGCAAUAAUCUUAAAUUGUCUAUAUAGAAUGUUGUGUGACUAUAUAGAAUGAGAUUAAUAACAAAAGAAACAUUCUCAAUAAUAAUACACUAUUUUGGUAA